GCUUCUCUGUCACUUUCGUUUUUACAACAACAAAGCUUGUCCACAUUGGCAAAAAUACCGCUUCCCAUUACUACCUGGCCUUUUAAAAGACUCCCUCAAACGCGACUACAACCAGAAUCCGGAAGCGGGAUCCUUUCCCUACAGAGGGAACCGUCAGGAAGCGGAACUGAAAAAAAAACGUCAGUUGUCACUAGUGAUGGCGGAUGUGGUGGAGAUAGACACCAUGAAGAAUUACCACGGGGGCUUCGAGAAAAUAGACCAUGAUAUGAGCCGAUAUCCCUACUGUAUCGUUUGGACGCCUAUCCCAGUGCUGUCGUGGCUGUUGCCAUUUAUCGGACACAUGGGAAUCUGCACUUCCUCAGGAGUGAUUAGAGACUUCGCUGGGCCGUACUUCGUCUCUGAGGACAACAUGGCUUUCGGAAGACCGACAAAGUACUGGAAGCUGGACGUUAACAAGGUGUACGGCAGCGGCUCCAACGCGUGGGACACGGCGGUGCACGACGCUUCGGAGGAGUACAAGCACAGGAUGCACAACCUGUGCUGUGACAACUGCCACUCUCAUGUUGCCAUGGCACUCAACCUGAUGCGCUAUGACAACAGCACCUCCUGGAACAUGGUCAACCUCUGCCUGAUGUCCCUCAUCUACAGCAAGCACGUCAGCUGCGCAGCCUUCCUGAAGACCUGGCUCCCCUUCCUCCUCCUCACCGGCGCCAUCGUCACCGUCACCCUGGCCCUGAACCUGCGGUGACCAAGAGGGAGCGAGAGAGCGAGGGAGGAAGAGGGAGAAAGAGAGAGAGAGAGGGAGGCAGAGCGGGAUGGAGUGGGCACCGUGCACUCUGCGUGAUCCGCGGGAGGGAGGCUCGGAUCUCCAGGGUGACGCUGGGACCACGGCGGCUCGCAGCUACGACACACAGCAACCGGGAUCCCGAUGCAGACGAACCCGACCUUUUACAGAACCGCAGAGUCUGUUUUUCCUGAUUCGGCAGGAGGUCGACGUUAAGACUCUGUUCAGUGGUUUCACCGCUUCAUGUUAAAAGUUCUGCUGUUUACAUGUUUUUACUUCUUUUGUAUUUUCACACUACCACUUUACCGAUAAGAUUGACACCCCCCCCCCCCCCUUUGUCUGAAAAAAGCAUCAUCUGUCAGAGCAGGAAACCCCCUAACCUCCCCAAAAGAGACAGAUUCAGGUAAGAAAUGUUAGGUGGGGCAACAGCCUGUACCCAUCUAAGGACACUGACCAGAGAAUGACCAGUCAUGUGCCCCUCACUUUAUUUCAUUGCAUCCCUUCUCUCUGGGAAAAAAAAAGAUUACUUGCUUUUGCCUGUUGACCCAAUAGACAAGUGUCUUUAGCUUGUGACACAACUGUAUUUCCCCCAUCGGGGUGAUGCUGGGAGACUGUCUGUACGGCUACGGGCCUGAUGUUCUUCCAGCAUCAUCAUCCUGACGUUUCCGGGGAAACGCGUGUUGGAAGUGAGGCUGGGUUUCCGCGUUGCUGUUCUCUGAGGUUUGUCAUUGCUCUCCGCGACAUUAGCGGGCUGCAGUGUACUCUUCCUCCAUUCGUCUUUGGUGUUGCAGAAUGACACUUAUUUUUAAAACAGGGUAUUUUUGUACAUUGUCAUGUGUGUGCAGGCUAACAACACCACACCGCAGAAAAGACACAAAGCUCAAGAUAUUGCAUGUUGUUGAUGAUAUAUGAUGGCGAUCAAGCACUUCCGUAUCAAAUGCUGAAGGAAUCUGUUUCCGAUAUGUUUUUGCUUUUCAAGGAAACCUUCUGUUUAAGAAUAUGUAUUUUUACAAGGGUAACUUGACAUAACUUCUUUCACAAUGCCAGCUGAAACAUUGCUUUUAUCACUAUAACCUAGCCUGUUUUGAAAGCUCUGGAUGACACAUGCAGACUGUAAUGUUGUGACACAAAUGU